AUUUAAAAAUUUUGAGGUUAAGUGUAAUCUUAAAGUUGAUAUCCUGUGAGAUUUUUAAUUGAAUUAUAUUGAAUAUUUAUAAUACUUUCAACAUUUUUGGAUUUAAGUGAGAUUAUAGGUUUAUCGCAGCAUUGUUCUUGGAAUACUUUCAAAAUGAUCUUUUAUUAGUAUUAAUUAAUAAAAUUAAUUCAUUUACUGAAUAUAAAUCACAUUUACAAUGUCAUCAAACGAGGUUGAGUCUGAAGUGAAGCUUCAGAAUAUGAUAAAUAUCGAUGUAUAUAGACAACAUGUUCAAACUUAUAUUAAUUUGCAUAUUUAUCAAGCGGCUUAUUAUUGGGCCGAAAAAGUAGUUGCAUUAACUUGUAAUAAUCCAAGAGACAUUUAUUGGUUGGCUCAAUGCAUGUUUUUAUUGAAACAAUAUGAUAGAGCAGCUCAUUUAUUAAGAUCUAGAUCUUUAGAUACGACAUACGUUUUAUGUAAUUAUUUAACAGUAAAAUCUUUAUUAGAGGCUAAAGAUUUAAAUGAAGCCUUCAAAGUAUUGAAUUCAUUUAACCCAGAUGUAUUUACACAUGUUAGUAGCAUUGAUAUGUCAAAUUUAGGUACAGAAUUUACAUCUUUUGAUGAUACCCCAAAGCAUCAAAUAUGUGCUUCGGUUUUUUUGAUCAAAGGAAAUGUAUUGGAAGCUAUGGAUAAUCGUGGAUUAGCCGCGGAUUGUUACAGACAAGCGUUGCAAUGCGACGUUUAUUGUUUCGAAGCGUUUGAAAAUUUAAUUCAACAUCAAAUGUUAACAAGUGCUGAAGAAAUUGAUUUAUUAAAUUCACUUCCUAUAUCUCAACAAUGUACCCCUGAAGAAGCUGAGGUUCUAACUAUGCUUUAUAAAAGUAAAUUAAAAAUAUAUCAAGGUGUUGUAAACAUAUCUGAAAAUAAAAAUCCAAUUCCUCCAAUGAUCACUUCUCAAUCAAUGUUCUCAAGCACCCCAAGACACGAUUUAAUUGGUGCUGAAAGAGAUUUAUCAACACAAAAAGAUGUUUUAAGUGAUAACAAAGAAAUUGAUAAUAAAGAUAUUGAAGGAAUUCCGACGCAAUUAGAAGUAAACUCGGCUAUUUUACGUUUAGAACAGAGUUUAGACGUUUUGGUUUCUGAAGCUGAAUAUUUAUAUUACAUUUGUGAUUAUCAACGUUGCAAAAAAUUAACUGAAAAUAUUUUAGCUGUUGAUCCUUAUCACAGCGGAUGUUUACCUAUUCAUAUUUCGUGUCUUGUUGAAUUAAAAGAAUCAAAUAAAUUAUUUACAUUAUCUCAUAAACUCGUGGAAAUAUAUCCAGAUAGAGCUGUUGGUUGGUACGCGGUCGGUUGUUAUUAUUAUGUUACAGGUAGAAGUGAUUGUUCGAGAAGAAAUCUUUUAAAAGCAACCACUCUUGAUAAACUUUUCGGCCCCGCUUGGUUAGCUUAUGGACAUUCUUUCACUUUAGACAACGAACACGAUCAAGCAAUGGUCGCUUACUUUAAAGCAUCCCAAUUAAUGAAAGGUUGUCAUUUACCACUUCUGUAUAUCGGUUUAGAAUGUGGCUUAACCAAUAAUGUUCCUUUAGCGACGAAUUUUUUCGAUCAAGCCAUAAAAAUUGCUCCAAACGAUCCGUUUGUUUUGCAAGAAAUGGGAGUUAUCGCCUUUCAAAGUUUAAAAUAUGAUUUAGCUGAACAACACUUUAAAGAGGCUUUAAACGUUGUUAAAUGUUCUGGUUAUCAAAAAGUUCUUCCAGAAUGUUGGGCGCCACUUUUAAAUAAUUUAGGACAUGCUUUGAGGAAACAAAAAAAAUAUACGGAAGCUGUAGAAUAUCAUUUAGAGGCUUUAGUGUUAAGACCACAAACUCCUACAACAUAUUCAGCGAUUGCAUUCAAUCAUUCUUUAUUGGGUAACUUAAUGGAAGCUGUCGAUUGGUUUCAUAGGGCUUUAGGUUUAAAAGGAGAUGAUACUUUUAGUACAACAAUGUUAAAUUAUUUAUUGGAACAUUUAGCGGAAGAUGAUAGUCCGUUUCCUGGUGCACCUAAUGAAAUUCCAAAUUUUAAAUCAUUAAUUGAAGAAAGUGUACAAUCAAAUUCGGAUGAAAGUGUCGCUGUUGAAGGAACCGUUGAUGGAAUAAGAAAUGAUUUAUCAGAUAUGAGUAUGAGUUAUUAAAAGGGUAAUUAUAAAAAGUUUGUCUUUAUUUUAAGAAGAUACAUACUAAAUUAUACGAAUAAUGUUGACGAAAUUCUUAUAAAAUAUUAAAAAAAAAAUACAAGUGACACUUUUUAUAAAUA